CAUCAUUCUCCAAGCGCUGCACUGCUUUUCUUUCCAGCAUGUUCUGGCCCUACCCGUGAAAUAUUUUGUUAAUUGUUGCCAAACCAGUUCAUUGGUUCACCUUUGAUUCAGUCGCCAUCGACGAAAAAGUUGUGAGGAUACAGCUAGAGUUACCCACCCUCUGAUUGGGGAACAGAGCGCGAGAAAAUCCACAACCCAGCAUUAUCCUCAGUUCCAUCACUAGCUGCCUAUGUAUUGGAUGCCUUCGGAUAAUACACGACUGUUCCCUUCAGCAUGGCCGAAGAAGAUGCCCUUGUCGUCAUUGCCCCCGCAGGCGACCUAAUACUGGACGUUAGGCAGGCAGAAGGAACCCCUCGUUUCUCCUACCGUGUCCAUUCCAAGGUCCUCCGAGACAGCUCACGCUAUUUUGAGAACCUCCUCAGCGACCGAUUUAGGGAGGGAGAGCAACUGGCAACCGCGCUCGAAGCCCUGAAAGUAGCAGGGCUUUCAGACCUCGCCGACGCACCCGUCGACGCUUUACCUCGAGUUGCCAUUCUGGAUGUUGGCAGAACGAGCGCAUUGAGCGUACGAAACUUGGUCGCCGACUUCCUGCGCGCCAUACACGGCGAGGAUCUCUCUGCUGCCACACCGCCCGUGCCAAACCUGGCCAACAUCGCCGUUGUCGCUGAUCGAUUCGAUGCAACCGAUACGCUCUCGCGAUAUGUGCGGAAAAGGAAAUACGGGGCGCUGCUGGAUGCGAAGUCGGGCAAGGGAAAGAUAAGCAUAGGCAUGACGGAAGAGCGGGUACGGCAGAAGUUGCUGGUUGGGCUUUUGUUUGACCACGCGCCUUGGGUUACGCGGUAUUCGAAACAUCUUAUCCUGCGAGACUCUUCGCAAUGGCAGCCGGGCGUGGAGGAGGAUCAUACCAAACCGCUGUGGUGGGAUCUGCCGAAUGGAGUGGAAGACGAGCUGAUACAGCGCCGCGAGUACAUACUCGAGACGAUCAACUCUCUUCAAUCGCAUUUCCUCAAGCUGUACACGUCCGGCGAGCGGCAGUGCAAGCUGGGUUAUGACACAUCCGUACAAUGCGACUCCUUCCAGCUGGGCGAAAUGAUCCGCUUCUUUAUUAGAUUAGGGACAGUACGAUUACAAGGCACCAUAUACGACAACACCGAGCCGACAUAUCACACUGGAGAUAUCGAACGAUUGCUGGAGUCGCUGCGGCAAUGCUCAUCCUAUCAAGUCGAUCGUAAUCACGCCCACUGCGGUCUACGGACGAGGCUCCUCCCUCUAGUCGAUUUACUUCAAAACCAACUGUGUUUAGACACAACGAGCCUUGAUGUUGGCCUUUGUCUUGAAUGCUGGAAUAAUCAUCGAGACAAUUACGCCUGGUCCGUAGCGAAGAGACCGGUAUUGUGGGCUCAACAUCCGUCCGUGACCGGCAACCGAAUGCUCUCCAAGGGACACCGACGUACGCCUAGUAGCUGCCUGCACAGGCAUAUUGUGGUUCGUGAUCUGUUCAUGGCCACCGACAGGAACUGGACCGCUAGAGAUGCCGUCUACUGAAGGGACUGCAAAGCUUGAUGCAACCUAAUCUCCUCGGAAAUCCAGGCGACUGUCGGUCCCAAGCCUCAAUAAAUGCGCCGAGCCUGCCCUGCGCGCAAGACUGGCUCGUGCUUGUCAUACCCCAAUAAUCCCAGCCCUAUGAAGCCACAGCCGUUGCAGUUCAGCCUAAGGCAGAGACCAGGUGGGUCGACCGAUGCUAGACCCGGCAAAAGAUACAUUCUGUGUAGCAAAUAUCUAUAGCUUCGCCGUAGGAAUCUCGGUGCCGAUAGCCGUUUGUCGGUGAGAGACUGAGAGUCAGCCCUUAAUUAUGCUUUGAUAGCGCAACUGAAGUUCCCAUUGUUGUGUGCCGCUGUAUUAGAAUUAUUGGCUUACCACGGGGUGGUUCCCCCAUGAAGGGGAGUAGUUCACGAGCCGCGGUCACGGAAUGCUUGUGUCUGAGCCAAUGCUCAUGAACG